GCAUUUUUAUGCACUUUUCUCUGUUAAAAUUUGUUUUAUUUUAUGUUCUCUUGAUUGUACUGCACAGACUUUGCUUAAUAUAAUUUGCAUGCUUGUUUGUACAUAGUAUGCUUAUAUUUUUCAUAAGUUACAUCCUCCUUUAUCUUAGAAGAUAUCCAACAAAGAUAUACUCUGCAGCAGAUAUACGUCAGCGAAUAUAAAAAUCAUAACAAUGAAUUUCUGAAGCAAAAGUUUCUCAGGAAUAUUAACAAAGUAUGACAUCAUACCUAUGAUGAAGUCUCUUAAUAAGAUCAAUAGUCUAUCAGUACCUUUUUUUUCUAUAUCAAUUAAACAACCAUGCUUCUAAAAGAUCUGUAAUGACAGCAGAUUAUCAAGCUAGGAAAAGAGUACAUCCCUUUUUUGUUAUUAGUGUACUAUCUGUACGUUUUAUGUUAUUUUAUAUAUCCUUUUAAUCAACUAUUCCAAAAUCCAAAUCUGUACUCAUACUCUUGGAUAAGUUAAAAUCUAUCGCUUAGUCGUGAUUCUUCUUAGUUCAUUACUCUGUUUACCCGGUAUACGGUAACUCAACCGCACGACUGUGCUGUCAGGAUGUCCUUUAAAUGAAUCUACUCUUAAAGAAUCUGUACCCCACCAUAAUACUUUGCGGAGUCCCUUUGGAGCCCCAAUGAGAUCUCUCUGGUCACGAGAACUUGAUAUAUACGCCCACGAAGAACUGUGCCACUCGGGCUACUGCAAGUCUCACAAGAUUUUCGAGACAAGUCGUUCUCGUACCUCUCUACGCGAUACAUCGCUCUCCGGUACCCUAUUGGUAAAUCCUGUUGCUGCAUUGGAAAACGCACACGCAAUAUCGAAGAAGCCGCUUUCCAUAAUCAUUGAAUAUUAUUAUUGCGGAUACACGUAUUGAGUGAUCUUCGUAAAAGGCAUCCUUGAGUUUUGAUACUAGCGUGGUCCUGACUGUGGACACAGACAGCUUUAUAAUAGGAGAUCGAGUAUGGGUUGGAGGUACAAAACCAGGUUCGAUAGCUUAUAUUGGAGAAACAAAGUUUGCUCCUGGAGAUUGGGCUGGCAUUGUACUGGAUGAACCUAUUGGCAAGAACGAUGGAUCUGUGGUUGGCACGCGUUACUUUCAAUGCGAGCCAAAACGCGGCAUCUUCUCUCGACUUACAAGGCUGACAAGGCAGCCGUUAUCAGACGCAGCUCUAGCGGAAGCAGCAGCUAGCCAGAAGACUCCCACAUCACCGUCUGAAAGUACAAAGGGGACACUCAACAAGUCCAUGUCUCCCUCUUUGAACACCUCCACGACGAGUCUGUCAUCGGUUUCGCAUAGAGACCUAAGGAUAGGAGAACGUGUGAUUGUUUCCUCGAGCCAAGGAAGUAAGACCGGCGUUCUCAGGUUCCUGGGAACGACGCACUUUGCCAAUGGCGAGUUUUGCGGCGUGGAGUUGGAUGAUCCGCUUGGGAAGAACGAUGGAUCAAUCGAUGACAUAAGGUAUUUCGAAGCACGUCCGAAGCACGGACUUUUUGCUCCGGUACACAAAGUAAGUCGAUCGCCCUCGAACCGGAGGACGUCUUCGUGCAUCGUUCACAAGCCUACCGGGGCUGCGCUGAAUAUGUCUCUUAGAAAGUUGGGAUCCCGCGAAUCACUCGCCUCUGUGUCCAGCAUCGCCAGCACCACUGCUAGCACUGCUACGAGGGGUGCACCCUCCACCACCGCCAGGAGAACCGGUUUGCGCACUUCGACACCUGCACGAAGUUCAUUGCAGGAGAUGUUAAAGGAGAAGCAAAUGGAGAUUGACUUUCUUCGCAAGGAAAGAGAUUUGGAACGAGAGCGCGUAACUAAGGCUGCUAAUCAGGCAGACAAUGCCGAGCAAUCUGCAGCAACUAUACGGGAAGAGUAUGAGAAGUAUCGUGAGCUUAUGGAAAAGAAUGUGCAAGAUGCACAGACUGCGCUUGCUAAAUUGCUGGACGAGAAAAACGCACUCACCGUGCAGCUGGAGGAAGAGAAAAGAAAAUCUGAAGAUCUGUUGUUUAGAUUCGAAGAAGAAUCUGUUAAUAAGGAUGACAUUCAGAAAGAGAGAACUGAUCAAAGUGUCACAAAUGCUUUAAAUGAAAGUAAAAUCGAGGAACUUCAGAAACAGCUUUCAGAAGAGAGAGAGCGGGUCGUUCAGCUCGAGCACGAAAGCACAAAGUUAUUUGAAGUUGAAGAAGAACUUACGAGACUUAAAAAUGAGCUUAGCUCCAACGCAGCACAAGACAAUGAUGCGUUACAAGAUUUGCGAAACCUUAAUGAAAAUCUUGAGAACACUAAGAUCAAUCUGGAACAAGAGGUCAAGGAAAAAGACGCUCUUGUGCUGCAGUACGUUGAACGUAUCAAGGUGCUCGAAUUGAAGCUCAAUGAACGUGAACAAGAAAUGGGUGCACGAAAAGAAUUUGAAGAUAGUCUACAGAAAGAUUCUGCAGAAAUCAAACAGAGUUUGCAAGAAAAGUGUAGCCUUAUCGAGAAUCUUAGAACAGAGUUCGAAGCGAGCUCUGAUAAUUUAAAGAAGGAAAUUGAACGCCUGAAGAAGAGUAUUGAAGACAUGACAAAUGAAAAUAAGAAGGAAAAGGAAUCUUUAAUUGCUGAUCACAAAAGGAUCAUUGAAGAGAAGGAUAAUAUUAUUCAGGAGAUGAUUAAGGAAAAUGAAGCACGUUCUUCUAACGAUUCUGAUGUACAUCGUGAAGCCUUGGAACGGCUUUCUAAGGAAAAUGCUGAAAGAAUUCAACAAAUUUCGAACGAAUUUGAUGAAAAACUGAAAAGCAAGGAUGCUGAAAUUCAGAAAUUUACUGAAGAAUGUAGCCUGAAAAAUGUAGAGAUUGAGAGACUGACCAAGGAACUAAUCAGCCAGGAAAAUCAUUGUAAGGUUAAGGACGAGCAACUUCGCGAUCUUCAACAGCGAUACGAGGAUUUAACUAAAUUGGUCGAGAGUUUAAAAACUCAAGAAAGUGAAUUAUCAAAGACUUACACCUCUAAAACGGCUGAAAUUGAGGAACUCAAAAGGAAUUUCCAAAAAGACAUUGCUGACAAAGAAAGGUUUAUUCAAGAGAUAACUACUGAUUCAAAUCACAAGACACAGAGACUGAAUGUAGUGGAAAGAGAAGUUGCUGAAUUGAAAUCGUUCUUGGCGAAUAAGGAGGAAGAAAUUAAAACAGUUACUGAUAAAACAGCAGAAUUGCGGGAUGCAAUGACGUUAUCCGAGCAAACGAAAACGAAUCUCGAAAGUGAAUUGCGCAUAUUUGAGUCAAACGUGGAGAUUUUGAAUCAAAAGUUAGCCAGAUCUGAAGAAAAAGUUGCUCAGCUCACGGAACAGAAAGAAAAAUUGGAAUUGGAUGUUGCAAAUGCUAUUAGUACUUCAGCCGAUUCCUCGGAUCAACUUUUGAAGUAUAACGAGGACUUGAGAAAGAAAGAAAAGGAACUCGAUGAAGCUCGCGACAAGGGGCUGCAAGUUCAAAACUUAUUGACUUCUACCGAAGCGAAACUACAAGAAAUCGAACAGGCGCUAAGUAAAACCAAUGCAGCGGCCAAGGAACUCGAUGCACAACUUAACGAAACACGAAACGAAGUUAUUUCAUUGAAGAAAAUAAAUGAAGAGUCAUCGGCGAAAAUUGCACUGUUUCAAAAAAGAGAACAGGAACUUCUGGAAAUUGUGGAUAAGAAUAAACUAAUUGAAGAAAAUUUGAAUGCGAAGGUGAAAGAAAUUUCGGACCUUGAGAUAAGACUGAAAAAAAGUCAGGAAGAAGCAAGUGGACUGAAUGAAAAAUGCAUGACUUUAGAGAAAUUACAACAGGGUGAAAAAUCCAAUCUUGAUAAAUUAGUUGAAGAUUUGACCAAAAAAUUGACGAGUUCUGCUGAAGACUUGAGGAAGUUGCAGGAAUCCAAAGAACAGGUGGAGGCUGAUCGAAAUGUGAUACAAGAAUCGCUAAAGGAAUUAACUAAUAAACUAACGUCUGUUGAAGACGAUCGAAGUAAACUAGACAAAAUGAUAUCAGAAAAAGAUUCGGAGCUUACUCAAUUGAAACACAAGGUUCAGGAUUUGGAAAAACAAGGAACCGAUCUGAAAUCUGUUGCAGAUAAAUAUAUUGAAGAAUGCAAUAAUUACAAGAAGCAAAUUGAAGAAAGAGAUGCUGCGCAUGAUAAGUCGAAGUACGAGACUGACGCAGAAUUAAAGACCGUGAAAGAUCAGUUGAUAAGUAUUACCACAACUAGUGAAGAACUAAAGAAAACUUUAGAAACAGAAAUAAAAUCAGCUAAUGAAUUAAGAACAACAUUAGCUACUGUUCAAGAAAGUACAAAAAUAGUCGAAGAGAAAGCUUCACAAUUGGAUAAUCUCGUUAAGCAGAAGGAUAAUAAAAUAGUCGAACUUGAGAAGAUUUUUACUACGUUGAAGGGUGAAAAACAACGAACAGAAGAUGAGUUGAAAAUCUUAAAGGAUGGCUUGAGAAUGAAGGAGAUGGAAGUGUCAUCGAUAUCUGAAGGCCAAUCCGAAAUGCAACAAAAUAUUAAUUCUUUGGAGAAACAAGUAGCUGACACCAAAGCCGCGCUACUUGAUAAGGACAAUAAGAUAAAAGAGUUGGCAAGUCAAAUUGAUGCUGUGAUAAAAGACAAGGAACAAUCAGUCAAAGAAUUAAAGAGUACGAUGGAAAAUGAAGUUACAGCGAAGCAACAGCGAAUCGAAGCAGUUGUGGAGCAAAAUAAUGUUUUGGAAAAAGAGAAAAAUACUCUUCAAGAUGCUAUGAAUAAGCAAAGUUCUGAAAUUAAUGUAAAAGAUGCUUUUAUUGCAGAGCUCAUUUCUAAGAUCAAGAGUUUUGAAGAAAUUGAAAAAGAAAAGACAAAGACAAAUGCUGAUUUACGAACAAAAGAAUUUAUUGCAAAGCAAAAUGAGAUUGAGGAAAUUCGCAAGCAAAAUAGUGACUUACAAGCAGCCAAAGAUUCUCUUGAGAAGUUAGUGCAGAAGAAGAGUGACAAUUUGAAACAAUUAACAACCUCAAUGGAGAAAAAAGAACAAGAAGCUGAGAAAAAAGUACAAAAUCUUACAGAAAAAUUGAGUUUGUUUGUAUCUGAGUCUACACAACUGAAAGAAGCGCAAAGCCGACUGGAAAAGGAAAAUAAGCAGCUUACUGCAAAAUGGAUUCAAGCAACGGAAGAUAUGAAACUAAUGCUUGAAAAUAAGAAAAAUAAUCAAGAUAUCCAACAGAAUUCGAAUAGUCACAUGAUUCAAGCACAAGGAGAUACAAAUCAGCAUAAUAACGGUACUGACAUGGAGCCACAAAAAUUGUUAGAGGAGUACGAAAUGGCUAAAGGUCAAAUAGAGUUUCUGAACUCUGUGAUAGUAGAUAUGCAAAGAAAAAAUGAAACUCUUCUAUGUAAAAUUGAAGUUCUUGAGAUGGGAGUACCUGCAAACGAAGCUGAUGAUUAUAAUCGGCACACUCUAGAUCAAAGAAAAGCAGCACCUCGCAUGUUUUGUGAUAUUUGUGAUCAAUUUGAUUUACACGAUACUGAGGACUGUCCUCGUCAAGCUCAAGAUUUCGUUGAGCCUGAUCUAGCACCGAAGUCGCCUAAGAAGCCACCAGUCGAGAGACCAUACUGCGAUAAUUGCGAAAUGUUUGGGCACGAUACACUCGACUGUGACGACGCAGAAACAUUUUAGCAACAACUUGUAGUUCCUCCAUUUUGCUUGCCAGAAAAAAAAGCUACUAGUACUACUACUACUAUUAUCACUACCAUCACCAUCACCAUCACCGCUACUAUUACUACUACUACUAUUUAGUGCAAAGACUAGUUGAAUUUUCAGAGUAUAUUUUUCUAUUGGGAAUCUUCAAUUGAAUCCUAGCAUAAAAAAGUCUUCCUACAUAACACAAAUCCAUAUCCGGUGAAGUUAUUUGCAUCAUUAUUUAUAUUGAGUAGAGUUUUCUCUCCCCAUUUCUGCAUAGCACCGUAUCAUGUAAUAAAAUUGGUUGUCAAUGCUUUGCUCGAUUUGACAAAUAUUUUAUGCGAAGCAUAGUCAUUAGUACUGCUAUAUUUUUUGCUUCCUUCAAAUUUAGAUUGACAAUAAUUUCACGUAGAUUUAUCUUAUAUAUUUACUGAUAUCAGCAGGUGAAAAACCUUUCUUUAGCAAGAUGUCAGGAUAGCAUUGUUGUAUGAACUUCAAGCUGACUGGGGAGAGAGCCGUCAUGAAUAUACUGCUGCCUAUUAUAUAUCAUCAUUCAAUAGAUAUCGUGCUACGAUAUUUGGAAUUAUUCAUUAUACAAUUGUACAUAUGACAAUUAUUUAUAUCACCUUGUUUUCUAUUUAAUAUUUAUUGAACAAAUCAUAUGUACAUAUGCAGCACUGGAGUAGGUAGGAAAAACGGUUCUUGAAUACUAUUAGUCUGAAACGCUCCAUUAAUUCAUAAGUAAUUCAUCAAUACUUACACUUCCUAUGAUCUCAAGUAAAUCAUCUAUCACAGGGCUGGAAGAGUUAUAGGAAAGUGUUUACUCAAUUAAAAUAUAUGCUCAUUUACGAAAUCAAUGCCUCCUAUUAUUCUUUUAAGAUCAAAAUUAUUGUGUAUAACGUUUGUAGAGGCUUGAUUUCACUCUUGAAUCUUCAUGCUUACAAAUUUAAGUACUCCUUUGAUAUUAAUCUUUCGAAUAGUUGAAAGUCGAAAUUGUUGCGUUUAUGGAGAGCUGAAAGGAAAUCCGCACUGGAAUUUACUAAAUGCUGCAACUAAUGUUUUGUUUUUGAUUGUUAAAGUAAUCUCACUCAUCUUUUUAAUGCAAUAGCAUUAAUCUUAUAAUGUAGGUGUUACACUGUUGACUUACAGCAUUGUUGAUGCAAUAUUUUCUUCAUAGAUUUUACAAGCUCUUAUUGUACUGUACAAAUAAUUCAAAAUUGUACUGACUAUAGCAGGGAACCACAACUUGUUUAAGACUUUAAAAAUUGUACGAUACUAUCAAAUGCUAUAGUUGAUGCAGAAAAUAAGAGGUUCUAAUUCUAUACAAAAUGCAGACUACUUAUUUUACAUAGUAAAACUAGAUAUAGUACAGUCAUGCUGUUUUUCUAUGAAUGUUAAGAGAAUGAAAUAUAUAUUGCAGAUUACUAUGUAACGAAGAGCCACAUUAUAAAAAAAAUAUUGUUGCACACUU